CAAGAAUAAUAGUUACAAAAAAGAACAUGAUGUUUUGGAAGAUAUUACGAAUUGUCUUCCCACUUCUUCGACCUCUAACUUUACAUUAUCAGAUGAACAAAAACUUGUACACAGUACAAUUAUUAAAAAUAGAGAGAGUACAUUUAUUACGGGUUCUGGAGUAUACCAAUUCAAUUCUGUAAAUAAUUCUGGUUGUAGUGAUGAUAAUAAUGAAAAUGAGAAUCAUGUGGUUUCUGAUAAUUCUGAAGUUGUUCUCAACCAUGAUAAAUCUUCAUCAGCUUCAUCAUCAAUCCCAAAACCUAUAUAUAAAAUUAAAGCGGAAAUUUUUGAUCUUUUGUUGCCAAAAGUUAAGGAACUUGGAUAUAGAAAUUCUAUGGCAAAACAAAUUGUUUUUUAUCUUUUAGAAACUGGUGAAUUACAAAAGUUGACCAACUCCAUAAACGAUGAUGAAAAUUUUAAAGAAAAAAUUUUUACAGCUCAUAGAGCUGUCUGUGAUAAAGUAUUUGAAAUCAUUACACUUGCUGAAAAUAUGUAA